AUUGAAUAAUAUUAAAUUGUGAAUUACGUUAUCAUAAAUAAAAUUAAAAACGUAUUAGAAAUUAUAAAAUAUAUGUGUAAAUAGAUUAUUUCAUAAAAAUAAAGCGGUAAGUGUUUUCGGUAUCCCGAAUUUCGUCUCCGCUUUUUGGCGAUAGAUCGAUAACUGUAAAUAUAUAUAUCAUCAAAAUGCGCAAAAGUGAAUUGAAGUGAAUCAAAUACAAUGUGUUAGCGCGACAAUGUGCGGUGUCACUGUGUAUGUGUGUUCUCUGCUCGGUCGGGCGACCCGGUGAAGAUGGAAACGUUCAGAUGAUCGAGGAGUCAGCCGCGCAAACCACGCAAGCGGCUUAUAGGGCGCAUCAUGCAGGUGUUCGGCGAAUGGGCGCAAGUUGAGGUGGUGGAACUAGUGAACGAUGGCUCGGGUCUCGCAUUCGGCAUCGUCGGCGGUCGAUCCUCCGGCGUCGUCGUCAAGAGCGUGCUGCCUGGAGGUGUGGCUGACAGGGAUGGCCGCUUACGCAGCGGUGACAUGCUGCUUCGUAUUGGCGCGGUGUGCGUCGUCGGAAUGUGCGCCCGGCAAGCCGCAGCGGUACUCCGGCAGUGCGGGGCCUGUGUGCGGUUGCUGGUUGCACGGCCCGCACACAGUAACACGUUGCAACCGACAUUACAAUCUCUCGGUGCGUCUCAGGCUCCAAUCGUACCGUCACGUCUACUAGCUGAUCCCAUAGAGCUGGAGCGGGGCUUAGCUGAGGCGGGACAUGAUGGGUUCGGGGCACUAUCCGAAGACACAACUCCUCCGUCACCACCACCCACGAUAAUCGAGGAAAGAUUGCACCAUCGGCCUGUAGCGUCAAUAGUGGCAGUAGUACCACGGGGAGCUCUUGCGCCGUCACCUCGUCCACCACCACUAAUAAUUACUUCGGAACCCCAGCCACCACCUCUUAGGUUACCGUUGGACAUGGCGGUGCGAGGCACGGGAGAACCGGAGACGUUAAGUUACGAAGUUGACCUCAAUAAGGACUCAGCUCUUGGUCUCGGUAUCACCGUGGCAGGAUACGUCUGUGAGCAAGAGGAGUUGAGCGGUAUAUUCGUGAAGAGUAUCAGCGCCGGCAGUUCUGCAGACUUGUGUGGCAAGAUCCAAGUCAACGACAGGAUUGUUGAGGUGGACGGCGUGUCGCUACAUGGUGUUACGAAUCACAGAGCGGUUGCCUUGUUACGCGAUUCUAGAGGACCUAUCGUGAGAUUAAAAGCUUUAAGAUACCUUCGAGGGGCGGGAUUUGAGAGACUUCAAAAAGCAUUAGCGGCUCAGGAUGGUCGAAGAUCACCGAUAGCGCCGCCAAGCCCUUCUGUAACUUCGCUCGCCAAAUAUAGUUUUAGUGUGUACGACGAAUCAACUGUAAUAGAAGCAGAGCCAGAAUCAGAGAUACAACCGCACUUGCCAUCUCCGACCUCUCCUUCCGACGAGGCAGAGAUAGUUAUCGGACGAGAUGACGAUAUCUCAGAGCGUGAGAUAAGAAGAAUACAGGAUAAGUGGCGGGACAUCUUACAAGAAGAACCUGACUGGCCUGGUCAUCAAUAUCAAUACGAUGUCAUUGUUGGCACAAUCAUAAAAGAAAAGGACAAUGGCCUAGGGAUAUCUCUCGAAGGUACGGUGAGAGUGGUCGCGGGGAAAGAAGUUCAGGCAAGACACUACAUAAGAGCUAUUGCACCAAAUGGACCUGUCGCUAAAUUAGGCAUUUAUAAAGUUGGAGACGAGUUAUUAGAGGUAAACGGGUGGCGAGUACUAGGAGCACAUCACGUCGAGGUGGUGACGCGACUGCGCGCUGUGAAGUCGCCCGUACUGCUCGUGGUCGUGCGCAAGCGGAGCGAAACGAACAACAGAUCUGACCACAGCUUUGCGAGGAGUGGUAACAUAGGUGGUAGCCUGCAAGACCUGCUGGCACCGCCGCAGCGUCUCAUCAAAGCUAAGUCAGAGAGCUCAGUCGCGUCUCUGUGUAGUGCAACCACGGUCAUGUCAGCGGGUCACGACCAUGAUGAAUUCUGCUCCGAUGACCUUGAACGAAACAGGUCCAGAUCACUAGAGCCUUUGAGUGGGCUGGCGAUGUGGAGCGACCAGGUGGAGUACAUCCAGUUGCUUAAAGAAGACAGGGGCCUCGGGUUUUCAAUACUGGACUACUUGGACCCGUCGGAGGCCGGCAGCUCGGUGAUCGUGGUGCGCUCGCUGGUGGUCGGCGGCGCGGCGGCGGCGGACGGGCGGCUCGCGCCCGGCGACCGCCUCGUGUCCGUCAACGGCCGCGACGUGGCGCGCUGCGAGCUCGCCGUCGCCGUCGACGCCAUCAAGAGCGCGCCCAGAGGUAUCGUCACAAUUGGGGUAGCUAAACCACUACCCUGCAGCACCGUGGUAGGCGGAGAAAGGGCGAACGGUCACAGCGUGCAAAGCAGUCAGGAAUGCAUAAAUUCAUUGGCGUCUGACGAUCAAACGGGAAUGGACUCAUUUCACGAAUGUUUGCAAGAAUACGGAGAAGGUUUGGAAGUGGUUCAAAUUUGCUUAGAGCCUGAAGAGUCAUCUAUAAAAGAUGAAGAGCUAUCUGCCUUGGCUGAUAUAAGUUAUGAUGAAUAUAAAAAAGCAGACUCGUUAAAUGAUAAUAGCAAGUUUAUUUCUCUUGGAAAUAAUGAUACUGAAAAGGUUAAUGGUAUUACUGAAUUCAAAUCAGACGAUUCUUUAGACGGACAAGAAGACGAUUUGACAAUCACGGAAGAUGAUGUUCUUGUCGCUCCUAGAGAAUUAACCAUAAGAAGUAAAUCCGCAGAUAUAAAGGGCACGGAAAGUGAUAGGUGCUUAUCAAAGCAACAAAGUAAAGAUUUGUCAACGUCAGACGAAAUGGUAUUUGCAGUUACGCCGACCGGCUUAGAGAGAAUAAGCUUUGAAAAGUAUUGGAAGGAAUGUGAUGUCAAUAAAGACAAAUUAAAGAAUGACGAAAGUUGGAAAGAAUCCAUAAAUUCACCCACCGAUGAAACCGCGAGUUUUUACGACGCAACCACACGAAUUUCCGUCCAGGAGCAUAACAAUUCUCUAUUAUAUAUUGACCAUGAAAUUGACGGUUACGAAACAUGUCUCGAUGACGACUCAUCGUCUGUAAAGUGCUCGAAAAAAAACGGUCAUAAAAUUAACGGCGAUAGUGAGAUCAAAGAGUUAGGUAAACACGAUAAAAUAGUUAUUAGAAACAAAGACAACGAUUCCGGUGCCAAAACUAUUAAAGAUCAGAACACUGCCAAUGCCGAUGACGAAGUGUCGUCUUAUGGCCAUCCUUACGUAGAAGAGCAUAUAAUUAAGCAAAUGAAAUCAUUAAGAAUAGAACCUCUAAAUGUAAACAUAGGAACCAAGAAAUUGAAGAAAAAAAGUCCAACGAAACCGUCCAAGAAGGAACGUCGUUGCAUCGAAUACUAUAACGACCAAGCUGAAUGUUUACAAGAGAUACGCCAAAAGAAACUUGAAGAAGAAGAAGAAGAACAUAAAAAUAAAGAACAGCAGAUAAUUUUAGAUACCAGUCUAGUUAAGAUGGAGAAGAAAAUGCUAUCAAAGCAGCAACUUAGUGAGGACUCGAUAGAUGCUGAGCCUAACUUUGUACCAGGCUGUCAUAAAUGUUUUCUCGAAAGCUAUGCCUAUGAAAUAACUAAAGCAUAUAUAGCCGAAGCUACAGCUUGUAAAUAUUGUGAUGUAAUUAGGGAUAUGUUAGAGGUGCCUACAGUUAUAUCAAGUAGAAGACGAUCAGCACCAGCGUUAGUAAAUCUAGAUAGUCCUGGAUCUGAAACGGAAGAUGAGGAUCUCCUGGCUGUUCCUGUUGUAAAAGAUAGAAGAAAAUCUACUGGUCCGUUGAAGUUUCCAGUACCUGCUAGAAGAACUAGUCACGUGACUCCGACUAUGACGGUAACGGUGUCAUCCGGCCGGCGUGAUGGCGGCUCCGGUCAACGAUGGGGACCACCACGUAGGGUCACCCUGAGGAGACGACCUGGAGCACCAUUAGGAGUCAGCAUUGUCGGUGGAAAGGUGGAUAUCAUUGCUAACCAUAAUGGUCAAAAUGGAGAUGAAAAGGCGAUAUUUGGUAUUUUCAUCAAAAACGUCGUACCUAACAGUCCAGCGGCACUUAGUGGGGAAUUACAGACUGGUGACAGAAUCCUUGAAGUGGACGGAGUAUGCGUCAGAACAGCACAACAUGAAAGAGCCGUCGAGUUGAUCAAAGCCGCGCGGGAUAUCGUUACGUUGACUGUCCAGAGCUUAGUAACUUGGAACACGGAUUCAUCAGACGUAGAGGCGUCACCUCCAACCGUGUCACCUCCGCGACCGAGUAUUAAAAAGACGCCCGCGCCAAAACCUCCAAAACAUGAUAUAAAGAUAACAGUAACAGAGCCCGAAGUUGAAAAGGAGUCGCCAAAAGAAGAGCAGAACGGGAAACCAGAAGAAAAACCAGUAAAUGGAGAGGCAGUACCUUCAAAACCAGUGUAUUCGGAUUCUGAAAGCAGUGAUGAAGAGGACGAAAGAGAGUUACAAGGAAGGACUUAUUCAGAAAAGGGAGUCGAGAUCGAUCGUGCUUCUGCGGGUGCUAUUAAGCGUAGCAGAGAAGAGAAAGAAGCUGAUCCAGAAGAAGAGGACGACUUCGGCUACACUACAAAUAAAAUCAAGAAGAAAUAUGCAUCUCUCGGGGAUAGUGUGGUGGUCGUCAAGUUGGAGAGGACCCCGAAAGCUGGACUCGGUCUCAGCCUCGCGGGUCACAGGGACAGGAGUCGCAUGGCUGUGUUCAUAUGCGGCAUGCACCCAGCUGGCGCGGCGGCGAAAUCGUCACCGCCUAUCAAAGUCGGUGAUGAGAUCUUGGAGGUGAACGGCAUAGUACUGUAUGGAAGAUGUCAUCUUAAUGCGUCCGCUAUCAUCAAAGGUCUUGUAGGGCCCGUCUUCAAAAUCAUCUUGUUGAGACGAAAGGCGGCCUUAGAAGAUGUAGCAGUAAAACCUCUUACACAGUUUCCUGUUGGACUCGACGAAGAGGCGGACGACAGGUUCGCUGGCUACAAAGGCGUACGAGACAUCACUGUAAAAAAGGGUGCUACUGGGCUGGGCAUAAUGAUAAUAGAAGGGAGACACACAGAUGCUGGUCGUGGUAUUUUCGUUUCCGACCUCCAAGAAGGUAGCGCUGCAGAACAGGCUGGCUUGAACAUUGGAGAUAUGAUACUUGCUGUAAAUAGAGACUCUCUUCUCAGCUGCAGCUAUGACGCCGCAGCAGCCAAAUUGAAACAAACUGAAGGAGUAGUCAUAUUGACAGUAUGUACUCCAAAUAUGAAAGACCCGGCUGAUAAGACUGAUGAAUCAGCAUCGGGUGCUUCAGGUUCUAAAAUGGAUACAUCUCGACCGACAACACCAAAGCCAGCGGCUUCGCCAGCCAAACCGGAACCCCCACCAGAUCCAGCAACAGCACCAAUAAAACCUAAUCAAGAUACAGUAAUAGAAAUUAAUACCAACAACGAUGUCCUCGGUAUAGCAUUACUGGGUGGAAGUGAUACUUUUAUUAAUGGUCCAGCAGCUGUUAUAUUGGAAAUAUUCAAGAAUGGCAUGAUAGCGAAGGACGGUAGAUUAAAAGUAGGCGAUCAGAUCAGAGAAUGCAACGGCAUCACGAUAAACAAAGAUAUGACAUACGAGAGGGUCUGUUUGUCGAUCAAGCUAAGAAUGCCUAAGAUGAAAAUGACAGUUUACCGUCCCGACCCGUUGCAGUACGAAGAGGUGGAGGUGGAGUUAACGAAGAAAUCUGGUCGAGCGUUUGGCCUGAACUGCGUGGCUCCGCUGGAGGGUGGUGGAGUUUAUUUAGGAGAAUUGCUCCCAGGUUCUCCAGCUGAACUGGACGGCAAGCUGCAAAGAGGAGACUUUUUAGUAGCAGUUGAUGGUAAAGAUAUAUCCUCAGCUGAUCCCAUAGCCAUAGCCACCAUGUUAAAAUUGUGUAGCAACAAGAUCACACUUAAAGUUAAGCGAUUCAAAGUAGUCCCUAGAUAAUUGUGAUAAGGUGCCGUUUGAAAUAAAUAGGUCUGACAUUAACUACGUUGAAGGAAGUUAGGGCUUAUUACAUUCAUAGUUAUAGGGUCAUAGUAAUAAAGGAAUUUCUAUCAGUUCUAAGGAGGUUUUAGUUUGUUUUUUUUUAGUCACACGAAUAUCGUCUUUAUUUUAUCGUGAUAUAUCAAAUUUGAAAUACAAUUCAAUUGCAGAUUUAAGAUUGCAUUACAGAAAACAUUUGUCGAAGUUAUUAGUUCUUGAAAUUAUGAUUUGAUUAUUAUCAAAUAUCAUUCUUAAUAAUAAAAAUAAGGUCACUAUUAAUGAAGUCAUGAUUAAUAAUGUAUGAAUCCAAAAGUCACAUCAACUAUAGCUCUAUGACAAAAUCUUUGGGGCAUGUAACAAAUAACUUCCUUAAUUUAAAAAAAAAACAUUGAAAGUUGUGAAACGUGUUUUUUUUUAUAACUUAUUAUAAAGGAUGGAUAUUUAAGAUGGGCAGAUCUUGUGUUGACAUUUUAUUUGUUAAUAUAGAAGAAUAUUCUUUGAAAUGUAACUGAAAAGCUGUACAUUUAACUCAGUAUAGUUUAGACGAUACGAAAAACAUAGGCAGACACAGACAGACAAAGAGACAUAAAAGUUUCUUGUGCGUUUUUAUUGUGCCGAUUUACCGCAAUAUAAUUUCAUUAUAUACCAUAAUAUAUACUUUCAUAUUAGUAUAUAAAUAUUAAAGACUAUUAUGUCGCUUUGUCUAGUAUGUUAUUGAUCGUAAAUCGAUAUAUAUCUAGUAUUUAUCAUACCCUAUCUUAAAUUUACAUUCCAUAUAAUAUCCUAUUUACUUCAAAGCAUGUUUUAGAUCGUGAAGUGGCUAGACAAUAAGGUAUUUGGAUAACUAACAUUAUUAUAUUAACAUUUUAACGAAAAUCCAAAAAAAAAAAAAAAUAUUAAACAUUUUUUUAAAUUUCGAACUAUUUUCAUUAUUAUCGAUGAUAUUUCAAAAGUCAAAACUCAUAAUUGUAGUUUAAAGAUUUUCAAUAAAAAUAAAAAUUUUAGUCUUAAAUUAGUCAAGAUAAAGUACCAAACUAGUUUUUAGACAUAUUUAUUCGUAUAAGCUUUUACGUAAUAACAUCAUUGAGACUCAGUAUUGUUGGUUUAUCGGAUUAUACAAUUUAAUAAUAGGCCGAUAUGACCCUUAAUUUUUAGUAAUUGUAAAGGUUAUUUCAAUGAUUAUUUAAGAAAUGUUUUUAUAUGUAGCUGGCAAGUUUAUAUAUUAAUUUAUAAAAUAUAAAUAUAAUUUACACGAUUUUACGAUUCUUCAAAUCCCCAUAAGAACUGCUUUUGAUAUAAUAUUCUAAAUAAACAUUAUUAAAUUAAAAAAAAAAAAAACAAAAUUAUUCUCGAAUAUAUUUUAAUCUCAAAUCUAAAGUUUUACAAUAAAAUUAUAUAAUUAAUAAAUAUAUAAAAAAAAAAAUAUUUAAAUAUUUUACAUUUUAUUAUAAUUUUAGUUUUUUUUUUUUUGUAAUCACUUUAGGCUCUUACUUUUUAGUCCUUCGUAUCACUAAGUAUUUAACAAAUAAAAAAAAAUAGCAACAUUUAAAAAUCUUUUUAACUUGCCAGUUAUAUUUAGUUAAUUUAUUUAUUAAAACUCCUCUAGUCUGCCCUUAUCUGAAUAGUAUUUGGUCGUUUAAUCUAUAAAAUAAUUCAUCCUGUGCCCUUUAAUAGAAAGCUAGUUAGCCUUUAAACAAUAUAGCCUAAUAUCAUUUAGAAUUAACUUAGAAAAAAAUAUUUAUUGCAUAUUCCCAUGUAAAUCGUUUAUCGCAAAUUUUAUUCCUUUUUAUUAAAUUAAAGUUAUUUUUACUCGACUACGGUCUACGACCAUAACUUUUAUUAUGUAUAAAGGAAAUUUUAAUAGAUUUUGAAUAGCAACAUAAAUAAUUAGUAAUAUAGAAUAAAUAUAUAUGACAUUUAAUUUAUUACACCGUGUACUGUUUUAAUUACAAAACAAAUCUAUUAAAAUUAACUUUUUGACAUAACAAGUACAAGAUGGCGUUCGGUAGCCAUAUUGCAAGAUAUUCAAAUGGCGAUUAUCAGUCAAUAGUCGGGUUUUUAUUAAUAACUUGUAGUGUGCUUGAUCAUGUUUGUAUAUAUUACUUUAAACCAGUAAUAAUAUAGGUUUUGUCCUAACAAUAUAACUUCCAUUACAAUUUUCACCUGAUCUAUCAGGUUUAGAUUUUAGUUAAUUCUGUAAAACCUUUAAAUAUUCAAUGUUAGAUGUAAUAAAAUUUUAUGCGAAUAAAA